AGAGAAAAAACAAUGAGCACUUGUUAAUUGUUGUGGAGUUGAGUUGAAGUCAUUAUCAGGAUCAUUUCUCGGUGAUGACCCAUCCUCGAUGAUUAUUAAUAAUAAAGCUGUCCAAUCGUUGAUUGUUUAAUUUUAUCAGAGAAAAUAUUGGACCAGUGAGGGGAGGAUCAGCGAAAAUAUGGAGUCAAUUUACUGAUUUUUCAGGGUUUUCUUGCGUGUGGCUGUCAUUUUAUCUACGAGGCUUGCAGUUUAGUGAUAGUAGACUAUUUUUUUUAUUGGAAUUUGAAAAAUGCCGGAGCAGAGUUCGGAGCAGUACUCCACGUGGGUGGGACUGAUUUAUGUGUUCAAUCUUAUUGUUGGCACUGGUGCCUUGACACUACCAGCAGCUUUCAGCAGAGCAGGAUGGGCUCUAGGACUCGGUGUCAUCUUGAUUCUAGCAUUUAUCAGUUUUGUGACUGUGACGUUUGUCAUCGAGACGAUGGCAUCGGCUAAUGCCAUCCUGACGUGGCAGAGGAUACAAGACAGGAAAAAAGCUUCAGGUGAAUCCGGACCCUCAAACUCUGACUCCGAAGACACUCCCCUGGUCUCCCCAGCCUCAAUAAAUUCACCAGAACGCACAGAUACUUCCUACAGAUACUACAUGAUCAACGAGAGAAUAGAAAUGGGAGAGAUGGCAUCGAUAUUCUUCAAUAAAAUGGGCACAACUCUGUUCUACAUUUGUCUAGCUGUCUAUUUGUACGGCGAUCUGAGUAUUUACGGAGCUGCUAUUGGAAAAUCCAUGGCAGACGUGGCCUGCACUUAUCAGCCUGCCAAUUUAACGUGCAACGACACAAUUCCUGAUAACAUUGCCUGCUGGGAGGGCUCUGAUAUCAAUCGACUGGAUGCCUACAGGAUCUUCCUGACGACGUUCGUCCUCGUCCUGGGGCCCUUCGUCUUCUUCAAUAUUCAGAAGACCAAGUAUCUCCAACUUGUCACGUCGGUGAUGCGAUGGCUGGCCUUUGGCAUCAUGAUUGCAUAUGCUGUGAGAGUUCUGAUGGUUUCUGGCGCCCAGAACUCACCUCCAGCUGCUAAUAUACUAGGAAUUCCAGGGUUAUUCGGAGCUUGCGUGUACUCCUUCAUGUGCCACCACUCACUACCUGCCCUGGUGGCCCCGAUCUCCAACAAAUCCACUCUGAAGCGCUCUCUCUUUCUGGACUACGUCCUGAUCGCUGUCUUUUAUCUGCUGCUGGCCCUGACAGGUGCAUUUGCUUUCAAGCACAUCGAUGACCUCUACACCCUAGAUUUUGGACCGAGAGGAGCAGGUGACUGUACAACAAGCUCCAAUACAUUCCUGGUGAUGAUAGAAUAUUUUCUGGCUCUCUUCCCCGUGUUCACUUUGUCUACGAGCUUCCCUAUAAUAGCAAUCACCCUGAGAAACAACUUGCAGUCGUUGUUCCUCAAUAAAGACUCCACUUACAAUCUCUGCCUGAGGAAAUUAACUUUCCCUAUCUUGGCUGUUGUCCCUCCUUAUGCCAUUGCAAUGGCAACCAAAGACUUAUCGAUACUAGUUGGUAUAACUGGAUCGUACGCUGGUGCUGGCAUUCAGUACUUAAUUCCCACAUUUCUUGUUUAUCACGCGAGGAGGAGAACCAACGAUGUCAUAGGACUCGGAGUGAAAAAUAAAUUCUCGAGCCCAUUCAGGAGCAAUUACUGGCUCAUUUUCGUGGUUCUCUGGGCUUUUGCCUGCAUGAUAAUCGUGUCUGUUAAUCUGUAUGAAAUUCAUUCCGUUUCAUGACAUAGGAGAAUUAUGUCGCAUUUUUUAUAAGAUAUUUUACAAGAUAUUUCGCUGAUCACUGAUUAUUACUAUGUUUCCUCUAUUCUUUUUAUGGAGGGAAUUUCAAGUGAUGUGUGAACCCUCGCAGGAGUCGAAUCUCUUUGACAAUAGGAUAUUAAUUAAGGAAUUCGGUGGAACCUCGGUUUGCUGACCUGUUUAAUAGACAAUACUUGUUAUUACAGUUUCAAAUUUUUUUUGUAUGGAAGUCUGAGGGCACAGGAUACUGUGGGGUAAUUAAUUAUAGCAAUUUAACUUGUGUGAGUUGAUGUUCAUUAUAAGUCUGAGGAACUGUAUUUUGGAAUUGUGAUUUAUUUAUGGGAACUAAUAGAUGUCCAUAUUUUUUCAUAAUAGCGAUCUUUAUGGAAUCGAAUAUUGAUGUUAAUCUGUGUUGAGUGUGAAAUAAAACAAUUUCAUGUUGA